UGUCACUCCUCUUGUGCCCGCCCCCUGACAGGCCAAGUAGCUGGAACUUGAGCCCCGCCCGCYGUGAGGCUUCUGAGUGGAGCUGGAGCCAGUCAGAGGCCAGAGCCUGGAUGCCGGAGCAUUGCCCACCUGCCGGUGAGCCCACAGGAGCUACAGCUCUGACCCUCUAACCUGUGCUCUGUGAGCCACCGAGACUGAACCAAGUGGCGAAGCUACACCACCAGCCAGCAGUGCCCCUGGAGCAGUGACAGCACAGGAGAUUCUCUGGCGUGGGGGGAAGGGGAGGAAGGAGGAAAAACAAAGGCGAGUGAACGAGCAAGCGAGCGAGCGAGCGCAGAGAGCCUUGCACCGCCCUCCCUGUGCCUGCCCACGAUGUGUCAGUCAGAGGCGCGGCGAGGACCAGAGCUCCGAGCAGCAGCGAAAUGGUUGCACUUCCCCCAGCUGGCCCUGCGAAGGAGGCUAGGCCAGCUGAGCUGCAUGUCCAGACCUGCUUUGAAACUGCGCUCCUGGCCCUUGACUGUUCUCUACUACCUCCUGCCCUUUGGUGCUCUCAGGCCACUCAGCCGGGUGGGAUGGAGGCCUGUGAGCAGGGUGGCCCUGUACAAGUCAGUGCCAACACGUUUGCUGUCACGGGCCUGGGGUCGCCUCAACCAGGUGGAGCUGCCGCACUGGCUGCGCAGGCCUGUCUAUAGCCUGUACAUCUGGACCUUCGGGGUGAACAUGAAGGAGGCUGCUGUGGAGGACUUGCACCACUACCGCAACCUCAGUGAAUUCUUCCGGCGCAAGCUGAAGCCACAGGCCCGGCCUGUCUCUGGGCUGCACAGUGUGAUCAGCCCAUCGGAUGGGAAGAUCCUCAACUUCGGGCAGGUGAAGAACUGUGAGGUGGAGCAGGUGAAGGGGGUCACUUAUUCCUUGGAGUCAUUCCUGGGCCCUCGCACCUACAUGGAAGACCUGCCUUUCCCACCAGCCUCUUCAUGUGACUCCUUCAGGAACCAGCUGGUUACCCGGGAAGGGAAUGAACUCUACCACUGUGUCAUAUACCUGGCCCCUGGGGACUACCACUGCUUCCACUCCCCCACUGACUGGACUGUCUCCCAUCGGCGCCACUUCCCAGGCUCCCUGAUGUCAGUGAACCCUGGCAUGGCUCGAUGGAUCAAAGAGCUCUUCUGCCAUAACGAACGGGUAGUUUUGACAGGAGACUGGAAACAUGGCUUCUUCUCGCUGACAGCUGUGGGGGCCACCAACGUGGGCUCCAUUCGCAUCUACUUUGACAGGGACCUGCACACAAACAGCCCAAGGUACAGCAAGGGGUCCUACAACGACUUCAGCUUUGUGACGCACACCAACAAAGAGGGAGUCCCCAUGCGCAAGGGUGAGCAUCUGGGCGAAUUCAACUUGGGCUCCACCAUUGUGCUCAUCUUCGAGGCCCCCAAGGACUUCAAUUUCAGGCUGAAAGCAGGGCAGAAGAUCCGUUUUGGGGAGGCAUUGGGCUCCCUCUAGGUCUUCCUUCUGCCUACAACUGCCAAUGCAUCUAAGGGAACUAAGGGUCUUUUAUAGAAGCCCCCAGGGGUGUCUAGGCAAGGGAAUCACCUCAGGUGUGUGUGGGAAGGUCGAUCCAGUAGAACCUGGAUGAUUUGCUACUGCCUGUCCCAGAGGUGCAGACAAAAGAUUCUGAAUCCUCACGAGGCAGCCAGAACCAGUCAUGCCUGCGACCUACMCUUCAGAGAGAAAAAGUAUAGGUGUGGAUAACCUCACAAUCACAUUUGGAUCUUUUUUAAAUGUUGUAUAAACUGGAGAUUCUUCUCUCCUGGUUGGUCUUGGAUAUUGUUAGGCGAUGCUAAGUGCGAACAUGCCCUCUAACCUCCCCAUAACUGGAGAGUUUUGUUGGACCCUUUGGCUUUUUCUGGUCUUGUGCCUCUUGUCCCUUUACCUCCCAUAGUGCACAGRAUGAGCUGCCUCUUUGGCUAGGAUUGUGGACCCUCCCUCCCUCCCAGAGCAGGCCACACAGACUUCAUGACAACUACUUUCUGUUCCCAAAMUUGCCUCACCCAGCUUGAUGGAAAAGCAAAAUCUUUCUUUGCAUUUGGGGCUUGACUGCAUUGCUCUGGACUCUUGCCAGGAUCUUCUGAGGAUGGUAACUAUGACACGGACCUUUGUAGGCCCUGAGGAAUGACCUUCCAGAGCUUCCUUGCAGCAGGCAAGGCCAGUUACUGUCCCACCUGGUGGCUAGGCUGAAUGGGGCAGGCAGGAGGGGUAGAAGCCUAGUUUGAGCUGGCAUCACUGUUUCCAGAUCCAGCUCUACAUGAAGUAUGGGAAAUUGCUGUUGUUCCAAGGACUGUGUYGGAGGCUAAAAGUGUAUGGUGGGUCAGUACUAGAAAACCUGUCCCAGGUGACAGGUAUGUAGGCCUUGAGCAGUGGUGGGGACAGUCAGGUUACCUGUUGAUCCUGUGAAUUUCUCCUCCAGGGGAAG